GAACGUUCUUGAUAACACUUAAACAAGUUUGUUGUUUAAUUUCCAUACUGGUUUUUCAAGAUUUCUUAUUUAAAUAAUGUUCAUGUCUUUGGCUGUUUGAAAUCACGCCAUUUAUAUCUUCCAAUCACAGUCUUUAAAGUGAUUUAAACGCAUCAACAUGAACGAGUUAAAGUAUUUAAACGGAUUUGAUUCCGAGUUUCAAUCUGAAGAUCCUCGACGUCCCAAUUCGUUACCGAAAGGUCAAAAUAGCCCACAAAAAUGCCCCUAUGGGUUGUACGCCGAACAAUUAUCUGGGAGCGCUUUUACGGCUCCGCGAACCGAAAAUAAGCGCACCUGGUUUUAUCGAAUUCGACCAUCUGUGGGGCAUUUUCCAUUUAAAAAAUUUUUGAAAGGAAAUGUUACUCAUGAUUGGAAUGAACAAGAUCCAGAUCCUAAUCAGAUGAGAUGGAAUCCUUUUGAUUUUCCGAAAGAUCAAAUUGAUUUCGUUGAGGGUUUAAACACAGUUUGUGGAGCCGGGGAUCCUAAGAUGAAAUCAGGAUUGGCUAUACACGUUUAUAUUUGUAAUGUAUCGAUGGGAAAUCGCGCAUUUUACAAUUCAGAUGGAGAUUUUUUAAUUGUUCCUCAAAGUGGAGUUUUAUUUAUAACAACAGAAUUUGGAAAAAUGGAGGUGGGCCCAAAUGAAAUUGCUGUAAUCCAACAAGGAAUGCGAUUUAAAAUCGAUGUAAACGAACCUUCUCGAGGUUACAUAUUAGAAGUUUUCGGGCAACACUUUAUUUUACCGGAUUUAGGCCCGAUUGGGGCGAACGGAUUGGCAAAUCCUCGAGAUUUUCAAACACCCGUAGCAUUAUACGAAGACAUUGAUGUUGACAAUUACGAAAUUAUCGCGAAAUAUCAAGGAAAGCUAUUUAUUUGCCACCAAAAUCAUUCUCCGUUCGAUGUGGUUGCUUGGCACGGGAAUUACGUACCUUAUAAAUACAACUUGGAGAAUUUCAUGGUGAUCAAUUCGGUUUCUUUCGACCAUUGUGACCCCUCUAUAUUCACCGUUUUAAGCUGCCAAUCAGAAAAGAAAGGUACAGCAAUCGCUGAUUUUGUUAUUUUCCCUCCGAGAUGGUCGGUGCAAGAGCACACGUUUCGACCACCUUAUUAUCACCGUAAUUGUAUGUCUGAGUUUAUGGGGUUAAUUUUGGGGCAAUACGAAGCUAAAAAGGGAGGAUUUUUACCUGGUGGGGCUACUUUACAUUCAAUAAUGACACCACAUGGCCCUGAUUUUAAAUGUUUUUCUGAAGCUAGCGAAGAAGCUUUAAAACCAACUCGAGUCGCUGAAGGAACUCAGGCUUUUAUGUUUGAAAGUUGUUACGGUUUAGCUGUAACGAAAUGGGGGUUAAAAACUUGCGAAAAACUCGAUUUGGAUUACUACAAAUGUUGGCAAGGUUUAAAAAAGAACUUUAAUCCCAUUUAAUUUUAUAUUUUGUCUUUUUAAUCCACACUUUUAUUUUAAUUAUAGAAAAAAUUUCGAUUAAAAUUAAUUACAAACUAACCUCAAUAUUAACUUCGAAAUUAUCUAAACUAAAACUAAAAGAAAGACAAAAAAACUAAUGGGAAAAAUGAAAUUAAAUAUAAACACUAAAGUUUUAAUAAAAAAAAGGAUUUAACUUGGAGCUGCGUCCAUAUCGGAAACAGCUUGAUCCGGAUCAUCAUCGUUAUAAACAUUUUCAGCCAUUUGCCAAACUUGCAUAAUAUUAUCUUCGGAUACAGAACAAAUAACCCACGGUUCAUUGGGAUUCCAACUAAAAUCUGUUAAAAAAGAAUCAAUAAAUAACUUAGAAUCGAAAAAUA